AUGAGGAGAAUGCCUGUGUCAGGCCCUCUCAUUUGUGCUCAGGCCCUUAGAUUUGCGUCCGACUUAGGAAUUGAGACGUUCAAGGCUUCCACUGGCUGGUUAGCUUCGUUUCUCAGCAGAAACAACAUUGUGUUAGGGACUAUGUCAUGUGAAAGGGGAGAUGUGAAUAAGGACACAGUUUAUGACUGGAAGGAAAAACUCCCGACUCUCUGUGAAGGCUACGAGCCGAUGAACAUUUUCAACAUGGAUGAAACCGGAUUAUUCUUUCGAGAUACGACACGGAAAUCGUAUCAUUUCAAAGAGACUGAAUUAGCUGGCGGCAAACGGUCCAAAGAGCGGAUCACAGUAGCUCUGUGUGCGUCUAUGACAGGGGAGAAGCUGCCACCUCUCGUCAUUGGUAAAUCUGCAAAGCCACGGUGUUUCGGGAAAAUCAAGACAGAGAAACUUCCUGUUAUGUAUAGAAACAACAAAAAGGCAUGGAUGAACACAGAAUUAAUGAAAGAGUGGUUAAAGUCCGUUGACCAGAAGAUGCGCCGACAGGGUAGAAAAGUGCUUCUGUUUCUUGACAACGCCCCAUCCCAUCCCAAAAUUAGCCUACAGAACGUGAAAAUUGUGUUCUUUCCGGCAAACACAACGUCGUUGUCCCAGCCAAUGGAUCAGGGAAUCAUCCAAACCCUGAAAUUGAAGUACCGAAAACGACAGCUUCAGUACAUUCUAACUCAGAUGGAGAAUGACAAGGUUGGAUCUCAUGUAUUGCAGCAGAUAUCCAUUCUAGACGCGAUCUAUUGGAUCAAUGGGUCAUGGAAAGACAUCGAAGUGUCAACGAUCCAAAAGUGUUUCGCCAGAUGUGGGUUCGCCAUGACCAUUGAAAAAACUGAUGAUAAAAUUGACGAGGAUAGUGACAUUGACGAAGAUGAUGUGCCUUUGGCAGUGUUGAAAAUGUCAAAUGAGUUGUCUGGGGUUAGUUUCAGUGAUCUUGUCGAGAUGGAUAAGUGUGCCCCAGUGUGUGAAACUGAAACUUCUGGGAUAGACUGGGAAGAGAAUGCUGCAGACAUUUUGAAGUCAUUGAAGUCAUCUGAAAACGUUGAUGAAAAUGAUGAAGAUGAAGUGUUGGAUACUGGGGCAUGUGCAGAUGAAACUGUAACCAUGGACGAAGCAUGCGAUAUGGAAGAAAAAUUGAAAAGAUUCGCACUAACCAUGGGGCAAGACAAAAUGCUUACAAACAUAAUGGAAUUACAGGAGCUUUUUGUCGCUAGUAGGUGCGAAGUGCACAGCAAGCAAACAAAAAUUGAAGACUUCUUCGCAAAGAAAGCAAUAUAG